GUACACAGUGGCACUCACGGUUAGAGAGCGGUGGGAGCCGCUGUGAUGGGCGAGUGGAGAUUUAUCAUAACGGCACUUGGGGCAGAUUGCUGGACGAUUCCUGGAAUAUAUCAGAUGCCGAUGUCAUCUGCCGACAGUUGAACUGUGGCUCUGCCAUUUCAAUCUACAACUCUUCCCAGUACGGGGAAGGCACUGGACCUGUGUGGAUCAAUAAUGUUCAGUGUAUGGGAACCGAGACGCACAUCUGGAACUGCCCACAUUCCACAGUGGCUUCAUCCUCCGGGACCAGCCGGGAUCAUUUUAAAUCGGUGCAUGUUAUACCUUGGAACAAACUUUCCUCAUUUUCAGCAGAAGAUGUUCAGAUCAGACUGAUGGACGGUGGGAGUUCGUGUGCCGGGAGAGUGGAGAUUUACUACAACGGAACCUGGGGGACGGUGUGUGAUGACUCCUGGGGUUCACUUGAGGCGAAUGUUGUGUGCAAACAGCUCGGAUGUGGACCUGCAGUUCAUGCUACAUCUGCGGCCACUUGUGGACGAGCCUCAGCUCCAGUUUGGUUGGAUGACGUGAGAUGUACAGGAAAGGAAUCAGCUCUCUGGGAAUGUCCCUCUUCUCCAUGGGGGCAACAUGACUGUUAUCAUAAAGAAGAUGUGAGCGUCGUGUGUAAAGAGCACAAGAUGCUGCGGCUGGCGAGUGGGCAACAUUCCUGCGAGGGGAGAGUGGAAGUGUUUUACAAUGGGACCUGGGGCACAGUCUGCUCGGACUCCAUGGGAAUGGACGAAGCUGAGGUCAUCUGCAAACAGUUAGAUUGUGGCAAAGCUCUGGACGUUGAAUAUGAUGGUAAAUUUGACGAAGGAUCUGGGCCUAUUUGGUUGGAUGACAUGGAGUGCAAUUCAAAGGAAUCCUUCCUGUGGCAGUGCUCCUCACGACCUUGGGGUGAACAUAACUGUGUUCAUUCGGAAGAUGUGGGUGUGAUGUGUUCAGAGAAAGCUCCGGAAAAAAGGGAGAGGGCAAAACUAUGCGAUGGGAGAUCACCGGAUCAGCAGAUUCGUUUAUCAGGACAGGAGAUGCGGUUGGUUGGAGGAAGCAGCAUUUGCUCGGGGAGAGUUGAGAUACUGAGCAAUAACACGUGGGGGACGGUGUGUGACGACUCCUGGGAUAUCCGAGAGGCCGGUGUGGUGUGCGGACAGCUGGACUGCGGCCCGGCCGUGCGGGCUGUGGGACAGGCGGGGUUCGGACAAGGCGCUGGUCAGAUAUGGCUGGACGAGCUUCACUGCAGAGGAAGCGAAUCCUUUCUGUGGGAUUGUGUCUCCGCAUCCGCGGGUCGCAGCGACUGCGUUCACAAAGAAGACGCCGGUGUGGUUUGCUCCGUCCAGUUGAUCAACAUACCUUUCGUGGUCUGCAUCGUCCUUGGAAUCCUGUUAGCGGUGGUACUGUUUGCACUGAUUGUACAGAUGGACAGUAAUUCUUCAGGAACAGAGGAAAAAUAUCCAUCUGCUCGUUUGUAUCAAGCAAUUUAUGAAGAAAUUGAGGAUCGGCCGAUCAGAAGAAGAAACUUCGAGGCUGACUCCACUGUCCCAGCGAAUAUCUAA